CUGGUUCUUUACGCACAUGUCAAAAAACACAUGUGACAGUGUUUACAUUUAAAAUUUUCAAAAAACUUAGAAAAAAAAUGUCCAAGCAAUAUAAGGCCAUAAAUCCUGUAAAAUAUUAUAAGGAUUAUUUAUCAAAUAAUAUUAGACCAGAUGGGCGAAAUUUUACGAAAUUUCGUUCAAUAGCUUUAAAUGUGGAUUCCAUAUCCACAGCUGAUGGAUCUGCGAUUGUUAAAUUAGGGAAUACCACUGUCGUUUGUGGUAUUAAAGCGGAAUUAUGUAAACCAAAAGCUGAAGAGCCAGAUAAAGGAUUCUUGGUACCAAAUGUCGAUUUAUCUCCAUUGAGUUCAUCUAGAUUUCGACCUGGACCACCUAGUGAUCAAGCACAAGUAUUUUCACGUCUGGUUGCUGAUAUAAUUAUUGAUACAGAGUGUAUUGAUUUGAAAAAAUUAUGUAUUCAUCCCGAUCAGCUUGCGUGGGUUUUAUACUGUGAUAUUAUAUGUUUAGAUUAUGAUGGUGGCGUGGUUGAUGCCGCGGUUAUUGCUCUUGUCUCAGCUUUAAAAACAGUAAAACUACCAAAAGUUGACUUUGAUGAAGAAUUAUUUACGGUAAAAUGUGUUGAUGUAGAAAAUAAAGAAUUAUUAGAAGUUCAUGCAGUUCCAGUGGCAAAUACAUUUGUAAUUUUUGAUGACGAACAACUUAUUGUAGAUCCAACUGCUGAGGAAGAAGAUUUAUGUAAUGGAAGUAUAACUGUAGUAAUUGUUGAUGAUCAUGUACGAUCUGUUCAUAAACCCGGUGGUGUACCUAUUUCAAAUAUAAAUAUAGAAGCAUGUAUUGCCGAAACAAAAAAACAAGCAAAAUAUGUCGUUAAUUUAAUAAAUACAACAUUUUCCGAAAAUUGUAAAAAAAUGUGUAAAUCAAGUAAAGAUAUAAAUAUAUCUAUUGAAGCAUAUAUGAAGUAG